UGGAGGGGAUACAUCGCAGGGUAUCCGCCAGUCGCCUCGGAGAUGCAGCAACCCGCCGCGAAGGAAUUCGUAUAUAUAUGGCCCCGUUGCCGGCUCACUGUCAUGUUCUGCACCGAGGCCCACCCGCUCAAAGCUAUUUGAUCAAAUCAAAGCAAGUCAAAUCAAUCUAACCUACGAUGCCCCAGUUCCAAACGACCCGAUGCGCCUUCGUUUCGAGCGAAAACAAGAGGCGGUGCGCCGGCACUGCUCUCGCCACGGGGAAGCUCUGCAAUGCCCACAGCGGCCAGAGCAUUGAUGGUCGCUGCCCUUACGGAACCGACGUUUCCAACUUCACCAAGCAGUGCAAGUGGGGCUGCAUGAAAGGCUGGGACGGCUGCCGCUACCAUGGCAAAGAGAUCAUUCGAGGCCUCACGGUCAUGAGGGAAGCCAGGUGCCCCUACAAAACAAAGAAAUCGGGCUUCCGCGAGCAGUGCAGGCUCUACUGCGUCGACGGCUUCGACGGAUGUGAGUGGCAUGGCACCCGCAUCCAGGUGCAUCAUCUGCCCAGAAUCCGCCACGGCUCCUCGGCCGCCAUGCAGGUCGUGCCCUUCUCGGACGACGACGAUGUCGAUGACAACGACAGCCAAACGGACGAGGACGAGGGCCUUCAAGCCUCAAACCCGCAGGGCGGCAACGGUCAAGACAUGACCGAGAUGGUGCAGCUGUUCCAACAGCUCCUCCAGAUGACCCAAGCAUCCGAGCUCUCGGCCGCUACGCUCAACAAGGAGCUCAAAAAGAUCGUCGGCAACGCCAGAGCCAGUGAUUCCUCCGCAAGCUUCAGCGGCGGAUCCAAGAGAAAGUCGACCAGAGACUAGGAUGCAGGAUCCUUGGGCAGAGAAACAGCAUUGAUCAUGAGCGCUCAUCAUGUGGUCUUGUUCAGCCGACCGAAACAACCGGUGGCUCCUGCUUUCUGAAAUACAGCGAAUUGCGCCGCAGACGA